AAGACUUAAGCAACCAUGUCCAGCCCCAGUGAGGCAGAACUCAUUCACAUGUUUAAGGGGAUUGCCUUUACUACCAGGUCUUCUCCAGAACUUUUAAACUCCUUGGAUACUUUUGAUGCUAGAGAAGAUGACAUCCUUUUGGUUUCCUAUCCUAAAUCUGGCACUCAUUGGCUUGCAGGAGUUAUAACAAAGCUUUAUAAUACUCAAAUAACACUAACCUCUCCCAUUGAAUUUGGUGACAUUUCCACACUGGAGGAGCUGAAUAAACUCUCAUCAAAGAGAAUCAUCCCAACGCACUUGGACUACAACAUGUUACCUCCAAAUUUUAAGACUAAAAAAUGCAAGAUGAUCUACAUCAGCAGAAAUCCAAAGGAUACUGCAGUUUCCAUGUAUUAUUACUACAGAGAUAACCCAGCCCUUCCCACUAUAGACACCUGGACUGCUUUCUUUGACUUGUUCUUAAAAGGAGAUGUUGUGUGUGGAUCCUGGUUUGAUCAUUUCCUAAGUUGGGAAGAACAUGAAAAUGACGAAAACAUCCUCUUUUUGUUCUAUGAAGACAUGAAGAAGGAUCUUGCUAAGAUUGUAAAGGAAAUCAGUUUAUUCCUGGGUUUAAACAUCAGUGACAAUGACAUCCAAGACAUCUGCAAGAAGUCCUCGUUCUCAGAGAUGAAAAGUGACACGGAGAAGGAGAACAGCGAUCCCAGUCACACCGUUUGUGCGCUGACAUCCGAUAGGAAGCUCAUUUUCCGAAAAGGUGCUGUUGGUGACUGGAAGAACCAUUUCACUCCAAAACAGAAUCAAAGGUUUGAGGAGAUAUUCAACGAGAAAAUGAAACACAGCAAAAUGGCAAAAAGUCUCACCUAUGAGUUUUGACUCCAUGUGAAGAACAAUAGCCAGUUAUCAACAAACAUAGAGCAAAUGGUGGUAAAUCCUGCAUGGGGGCUCCCAUUCAGUUUAUAAUCCUCCCAAUAGGAAGGAUAUUGGGGAUAGGAAAAUUCUUACACAAUGCCAGAGCUGAGUGCAGUUUUCAGCAGGCAGAUGAAUAUGGUUUUACAGAGUCAGGUGUCAGACCCAUUUUUCUACAAGCAAAUCUACUUUAUAAUUUAUUUAUUUUUUUGCUCUAGAGGGAUAGGAAUGGACGACUUAAAUUUGAUUUAGGAAUUUUACUCAAGACAUUAAGGAAAAAACAAACCUGUAAGAAUCUGAAUACAUACAAAGUCUAGAAACACAUCAUAAGAAAACAACCAAAGGUUUGACCCCAGAAUCGCUCCCUCCCAGAUCUACCAUGAUUUGGAAAGUGCCUAGCUUAUCAGACUUUGUUAUUGAUACUUAAGUUGAAAACUGCAGCUGUACAUUUGAAGAUCUGGUUUGUUUAUGAAAUGUUUUUGUUUUGUUUUGUUUUCCCCCCAAUAUGUAGUUCUUUGCUGUAACUUAUUUCUGGGUUAGGUACUGUAUUGUGUUUGUGUUUUAAGUGCAACUGAUGUAAAUCCAUAUAAAUUUCUGCACCAUAUGCUGGAGAACUAUAAAUGCUUUGGGGUUUUUUUCCAUUUGACUUUCUUCCUGUAAAAUGCUUGUUUCCACUGUUUGGAUGAGAACCAUUUCACUUCACAGUCCUUGUGCGAUAGUUCCACAUCAACAGUUCCACUGUGGUAAACAAAUUAUAACUCCGAGACAGUUUAAUCUGAACACAACUUAUUUAUUUACCCUGUCCUGGUAAGACAGAUUUUCCAAGCAUCAGUUGUCUGUGUUCACAUCUGAGGGAGUGUUCUAUGAACCCAGCGAAGAUUUUUCUUCUGAUUUACUCCAUGAUGUGUCUUCUGUCCUCACCUUCAAUUUGCUUAGUAGACUGGCUUUAAGGACUUCUCCCCAAACUAGUUCUCCCCCAAUUCCAAGGCAUCAGCAGGCAGAAAAGACAGCAAAAACUGAUAGAAAAGAAACUCAGGCAGACAAGCACGAUUACUCUGCUUUGACUCCUCUGUGCUCUGAAGGUACACACCUGUAAGGCAAGCUCAUCCUCUGGCUGUGCUGUUUCUGAAAAGCUGAGGUAUGGCUUCAUGCACAGUCAACACAAACGCUGUCUCUGGCCACACGUUUCACACUUGCCACACAGCUCUUUCAUGUCAUACCUUGCUUGUGCAAGCUGACAUCAACACCUACCAAUUUUGCAUCUGCACAAAUGAUACAGAACUGAUGUGCUGAAGAGAUCAGUGAGAGAAAAGCCUGUUCAGAUGGCAGUCCCUUGCCAUUUACCAAUUCAACACAAAGGAGAUGAUGCUGCUGAGCCCUUUUAUGCAAAUGACCCAUUUGAAAACCAGAAGUCUGUCUGUAUUGCUUUAGCCUUCUGACACUAAAAAUCACUCACUCUCCCUCUAAAAUACCACAACCCCCUGUUGCCUUCCUUUCCAGUAUCAUUCUCCCACUAUUAGUAAAAGGCAAGAGAUCAGCCAAUGAAGACGUGUUUUGCUUGAAGACUUUUUUUUUUUUUCCUAGUCCUUUAAGUAUGGAAAAAAACCCAAAGGGUCCUUGGGCAAACAAAGUUUGCAAGCAAGUUUAUUAACUGCAUUAAGAAGUCUUUAGACAAGCUUCACACAGUGCAGCCACACCUGAGGUAGAGUGCAGGAGAUGGCUGGCUGUAAUACCCUGAGAAAACAAGCAGCUCCUGCUAGGAAAACUAAAGGGAGCAGGUCCACCCCAGGCACUGACAGCCCAGUGCACCUGCAGGCAGCACAGCAAAACUCACCGACGCCAGAGGUCCAGAAAGCUAGGCUGGGCACUGCCGAUAAAGGAUGGCAGCAUGUGAUGCUAGCUACUAGCAACCAGUGUCUUCCAGCAGUUACUACACCUACAGUUUCUUUCAUUGUCUUUUCUCUUGCUGUCCCCACUGUGCUGCAACUCCCCCUCCCUUCCUAUGACUAGCAGAGAGAUUACAACUGAAUUUUUCAAAGAACUGUCAAUCUGGCUCCACAAGUCAUUUUGGCAGGUCAUGGAGAUGUUAAAACAUUUCCAAAACUCCCAUAGUAAGUUGUAAAAAUGUCUCUUCCCCUCUCUGUUUUCUUUCUUUGUUCUCUGGCAGUUAAAACUUUUGGAGAGAAAUUUCAGCCCUGCAAAAUAUAAAAAUACUAGUCCAAAAUGUACCUAGACCACAGCAUUCUAGGCUUGGAAGAAACAACACCCUGUGCAAUCUAUUACCUAUAAAUGAUUACAAUACUGCUUUCCUAUUCAGGUAAGACAUUCCACCUUCCUGAGUAAGGGCACUUCUCAAGAUUGAUUUAAUUAGAGAGGACAGCAUUAAACAUUUAUGCCAUCACAGCUGAGACAGGAGGCUUCUAUUCGCUCUCGUUGAAGUUAGCCUGCUUUGCUUGCUACCAGACGCAUCUGGCCUUUGGGUCAGAUGAAAAAGAGAACAAGAGCAUGUGGAGUGCCAGAACUUCUGUGAGAGUAACACAUGAAUUCCAGUCUCGCUUCAGGGACCUCUCCCCUGAAAACAUCACAACUAUCUUCUAAAGCAGCUCCCAGGGAAGAAAAAAAGGUGCUCAGGUAAGCAUCCUAGCAACCUGACUUCAAGCCGCAUUAGUUCUGAUACAAUGAGUUUGAUGCCUAAAGCAGUUUCUUGGAGGAAAACGAUGACUAGUGAAAAAAAUCUCUCCGAAUAGCUUCGGGAAUGCCUUCUAGAAGGUGCGAGUCUGGAGAAGUGAGGGGGGAAUAGCAGGCAGGGGAAGGAAUCUGAGCCAGGUCUGGUACUCUUUGAAGCCAGGAGUCGUACAGGAAAAUAGAGAAGACAUAGGGGCAGAGGAUCAAUUGGUUGAUUUCUGCACUGGGUCUAAGUAGAGCAGAGAUGCUCUGGGGAUCAAGACAAGACUUUACUUGUAAAGUAAACAUGGAAGACCAGAGGGAAUUUCCAUGGGGCUCAGCUUCAUCAUCAACUGAUGAAAGGAAAGACGGUCACUGACCAAAGCGCCAAGGGCACGCCUGCUACAAAGAGCCAGUGGGGAUGGGACAGGAAGAAUCACGCCUGACAGAAAGGGCCGAGUGCAGGGGGUGAAGGCGAUUGCUGAAAGACCAUGCUCAGAAAGGGGGAAAAGGACUGAGUGGCCAUAUCACUGUCACCAGUUCCAGCCUCACAAGUGACCACAAUCCACCUUCUUUGAAAGGACCAGCAACCACGAGAGACAAUUCUGCAGCAAUUUCUCUGUCAGACAGUCCUCCCCUUUUCCUCAAUCUGCUUACCUGUCCUGCAUACCACAGAGGAUGAACUGGAGAAAAGGACAGCGAAAGAUGGUGGGGGUGUGUGGUGAGCCAAUGCCCUUUCCGGGCUCCCACAGAAGAGAUGUCCUUGGCCAAGCAGAGAGGAGCAGCAGCAUCUUGCAGCCCCAGCAGGGAGCCAGCGGGAGCACCCAACAGCUGCUUGCGUGAAAAACCCAGCAACAGAAGAGCAUAAAGUCACAAAUUACAUUACUGUGCCUCCUUUUGGCCUUUUCCAAAAUGGUCCUGCAGGCCAAGGCUAAGCGGAGAAACAGCUGUCUCUGAAAUGACUGGCAACCCCACAGCACCAGAGACAGGUCUGCUCUGGUGCAGGCUCUGCAGCCAUCCAGGCUUUCUGCCAGCAGAAAGGGAACCAGCUCUGCCUCCGAAAGGAACAGAAAUGUUUGUUCUUCACUGACAUCUACUGACUGCAGUGCUUUAACUGCAAAGCUCUGCACAAGAAUUAGGCAUUCAUUUUUGCAGGAUGCCGCAGGGCUCAAAAGUAGAAGCAGGGUCGGAAGGGAGUAUCAGUCACGGGUCGGAGGGGAGCAGGUCUGUCUCUGGGUACCACAGGACUGCUUAUGAAGUCCUCCAUUUUUGACUGCCAGUGUCUGCAAGGAUGUUCCUGGGAAUGAUCAAUGUGCACCACUGAGAAUCCACUAGCAGCUACAGUAGAGACAAUGAUAAGACAGGUGAUGGCAUUCAUGUGUAAGCAAAUAUUGACACCUGGCAGUAAUAAAAGUUUUCCUCUUCUGGCUGCAAGGCUUUUCUCUAAAACCAAGGAUAACUGUGGUUUGUUGUUCUUGUGCCAUUUGUGACUUUGGUAAAGCACUCAGACCUAAUCCAACAGCCACACAGGUAUCACUGUGCUGCUCAAACUGCAGUUAGUUGCCUAACUAAGAGGUACGAGGAAUUAAUCAGCCUACAACAUUGCCUACUGGCUAAAUUAAGGAUUUACCUACAAUAAUAAUAAAGAAAAGGUACAGCUGGACUUCAGUGGCAGGUGACUGAAGUGCAAUAGAAAGAUAGUUCAUGUUUCUCUGUGCUAUCCAAGCUCAGACACCAGUGACAGCAGCUUAAUUGAAGCAGCCCAGGCUUGAGCUCCCCUACUUCUCAGCAGGGACAUCGGUGCAGAUGCAGUGCAAGGCAGAUCCAGUUAGCUCACUCUUCUCUACAUUGCCAUGCACUGCCUGUAAUUUUACCUUGAAAACCCCUACAAUCUCUUGGCUUUCAUUAUAAAUCAAAUAUGUGCUUCCCUUAAAAUUUGAACAACAUAAACUUGGGGAGCCUCGCUCUUAUGAGCUGCAAGGUGCUCAAUGACACAAUAGUAAAAAUCUGGCAGCGUAUGAAGUACACAAGAGCAAGAAGUAAAAAGCAGCAUGGCUUGCAGACAGCCCACGGGUUUUUUUUUACAGUGAGAGGACUAGGGCUUGUCUGCGAGUCAUCAGAACUACUGCCCAAAAAACCCGUUCAUACUCCAGUCUGGUGCAAGUGUAGCUUCAGCUCCCUUAAGAGAACACGUGGCAGCCUUCAUGGAAUUGACUGAAUCCAAAGACAGAUCAUGAUAAACAUUCUGAAGAAAUAUUUAAGUCCAUUAACUCAAAUGAAUAGGGGUUUGUUUAUAUUUGUCUAGAUCAGAUUACUUCAUCCCAUUCUCCAGCUUUUUAGACCAGCCUUCACCUAAUCAGUUACAACACUUCAGUUGGGCAUCAGUGAUCAAAACGAUCAGUGACUGGUGACACAGCCCCUUCCAACUCGAGGCCGUGCUGCUGUGGACAAGACAUAACCUGGAAAAAAAGGUGGCAGAAUAAAAGAUAGUCAAACUCUUACAUAGACUGUACAGGCAACAAAAAGUUGUGCAACCACAGCCUUAGUUAAAAGUUACAUCCCUGGAGCGACCAUCUUCACAUUUCAUUUUAAUACCAGUGGCCAUACUACCUCAGAUAUACGUCAAUUUAGUCCAGAAACUUGUCUGCAAGAGUAUGUGAACAAACAGGCCAAGCACAGGAUAUUCUCUCCACUAUUCUCCCAACCUCCAAACACAGUUUGUCCAAGAAUUUUCUAAGCAAUUUACUGUUAGUACCUAGUAUCUAUCUUAUUAUCACUUGGGUAUUUCCCACACAAGAAGCAGGAGGAAGAAACCAAGGUUCAGAACCAGAGGAACCAUAUUGGGUGUCAGACUCAUGGAACACAUGGCCAAAGGCUGUUUUAAGUGUGCUGAAGUUUGUUAAAUGUCCAUGAGCCUCAUCCAGCUUUGGAAAUCCAUGAGCUGCAAAUGUUUUGAGGCCACAGGAAAACUGGAAAGCACUGCCAAAUACAACGUGGCAAAUUUAUAUUCCUCUGGCAUCUGCUUUUGGUUACUGCUAGUUUCUUCAGUGGUCUUUCCCUAGCUCCUGUCCCUCUUAGCUUUACAGGUAUCUUAACACAACUCCCUUCAGUCAUCCUUCUUCCAAAGUGCAGAAUUCUUACUUGGCUAUUGCUCACACUGAACCCGAUUCCUUCCUUUCAUCAUCCAUGUUACUUUCCCACAAACCUUUUGAGUGCUACCACCUUCUUAACAUGUAAGAAACAAAACACACAGCAUUUCAGAUACGUGCAAAUGACCGAUUUAUACAGUGGAAUAAUUACUUUUAUCCUUUUUGUUCUAUGCGCUUUUCCUAAUAAUCCCUAAAAUUAAGUUUGGUCUUUUAACUGCUAGCACACGGUAUUUUUCUGGAUUGUAACCGCUCAAUAGAAAUGGAUAUUCUUUAUAUAUGACAUUAGGAUUGUUUUCCUGUUAAGCUCAUUUAUUUUAUAUACAUCUCUACUCAGUUUCAUCAACCCUGCUCCUUACUAACCUGAAUGAAUUGGUAGCAUUGCCUCCACAUUGCUCACUGCUCGUUCCCUUUAACACCUUUUCAUAAACAAUUAAAAAAUCCUUCUAUCUGUGAAAAGAAAACAAUGCAACCCUUUCAGGGGAAGUGGUCUGUAAAGCGACAGAGGUGUGGGAGCCAGCAUAACAGGACUGCUCCUAAAUGUUUCUCCUUCCUCCAGUAUCUCUAGCACUGCGAAAGCUCUACUAAACCAAAGCCACAUACAUACAAAUGCAUCUAGGAUCAGAACCGGGGACAGAUAAAACUGUCUGAGAGCAAGAGAGAGACAAACCUAUCGUCCAAGGAUUUUUCAAACAAGUACCUUAGUGACAAGUUUUUCUAACUCAUUUAUGCAUCUGGUUAAUGCAUAACAGUGUUUUUCUUUCACUGGAUGUACCUUAUUAUUGCUCUUAAAAUGCUGGCAUUAAGGAUAAUUAGUCCUGCUGGGUGUAACUAGACUCAUUUGGAGUUACUUCUGGAAACAGGAAAUAGUGUUUUAAGAGAAUACUAAUAGAAAAUAUAAUUAAAACAAAACAUUCCCACAUGGACUCUUGAAAAACCUAGUCAACUAAUGUGUGCUUAACGUUUAAAAGUAUUAAGAAUCUGAAAUCAUUAAUUAUUAUAAAAUAUCUCUGACCUCAAAAGGUUGAGUUCUGUACGAUUCUUAUUGAUUUGAAAUGAACUAAGGUCAGAACACAUUGGAUCACCCUACAGGAAAUAGCACAGAACUGGAGAGAAAUAUAUAUUGAAUAAGAAAAAGAUCAGCUGAAAAUUAAUGGAGCCAGAAGUAGGUAAGGGGCUAACCCCUACCCCUUGGGCCAAAGUUGGAAAAUGUAGAGACAGUAUGUUACUGUCUGUCCUUCUCCCCUCCCCUCAACUCCUCUGGCAAGAGCCACCAAACAGCCAAAACCAGUAGAGAUCUCAAGGCCCAACCAAAAUGGGAAUUCUCUCUGAGAAUAUCCUGUCAAAUAAUUCUCAGUAUGUUCUGCUCAAUUUACAAGAUUAUUCUUCUACAGAAAUACUGGGCUUGCUUUGACAGCUCAGAAGACAGAGAUACGAAUCAUACCUUUUCACAAACACAGGCACAAAGCACGCAGCACUGUGAAACCAGCUAUUUGAAAACAUGGAACACAGGCAAGUGUAGAAGUUUAUUUAAGAGAGUAUAAACACACACAAAAAACACUCAAGAUUUGCCUCCAAGACCAGAUUAAGAUGAAGAUUUUGAGUAACUGACUGUGUGUGCAUGUGAUUAACUUCAACAUUAAAUUUGAUCACCUUCAUCAGG